AUGUGGGGAUCGGAAGAGAAGCUUCCGCUCUAUAAGAUUGUUUUAGCUGGAGAUGUUGGUGUAGGAAAGACUUCUAUAUUUCAGAGAUAUGACACAAACAAGUUUUUCGACCACAAGGACUUUACAUUGGGCCUGGACAAGCUAAACAAAAAUGUCGAAGUCGAUGGACAGAAAUGCAAGGUGUGUUUUAUAAUAAGCAGCAUUUUUUAUAAGCUUGAUAAUCAGUUAAAUUUAAAAGCCAAUAACGCUCUUCUCACAGCUCAUUACCUGGAAAGUAGAACUGAAUACAAAUUGUGAUUUUGAAAUUUGGAUCGAACACAUAGUCAUUGUCAUUUUCAGUUAAGCUUACUUUAAUCCCCAUCAAGUGCUAUAAAAUGUUAAGACUGUUAGCCUGUCAGCAGAUAUUUUCUUAAUUCUGUGAAAAUCACUGACUUCGCAGGUUAGUUGAUAAGUUUAUGCCAUAAUCUUUCUUGACGACUUCGGAUUGUUGGGAAUCAUUUGAAAAUUGAAAUCCGUAAAAUGGAAGUAGAUCUACGAAACCUCAAAAUCCACAAAACGUCUUACAUGUGAACUCUCUGUGGCUUUACGUGAUUUCCCUAUACUUGCAGCUGCAAAUAUACGGUCAGUGGGUCUAUUUCCCUACAUUGAAACCAAAAAUAGUAAGGAUUGUACAGUCAUGCUAGGUUCCUGGUUUAAAAACCCGAGCAAACAUGCAAUGGAACAGUCAAAGCUUUCCUAAAACACCAUAAGUGGUUGCUCAUAUGCGAUCAUGCGAUGCCCCUUACUGGUCGUUUCGAUACAAAGUCCGUGGUUUUGCAUUUUGUAUUGCUGGUUUGCAUGUGACAUCACGGCGGCCAUGUUGGUGGUCAUGCAAGAACAAAUGCAUUUCUCUCCUCUGGGAACUAAACUCUAUUUUCAUGUAAAUUCUUCCAGAAAAAAUUCUAUUGUUUUGACCCCGGCCCAACAUGGCCGCUUUGUAACGUGGUCGGAAACCAAGAAUAGUUGGCUUAUGGAGCAAAGAAUAUUUAUGCCAUGUGUAUUUCUUGUUCAUGUCCCAUAACUAUACUUUAAUUGAUUGAAAUUGUUUUGUAGUUUCACUGCUUAAUAAGUUUGUAUCAAAAUGACUUUGCAUUGGAAUGACCAGUUUCUGAUGCACCUAUUGAGGGGUGGUUACUUAUGAAUGUUUUUUAGCAGAAGGCUUGCUGUCCUGUUUAUUACCUGCAAUACAUUAAUACAGGGCUUAAAAUAACGGCCGGUCAACGGACAAUGUCCGGCCUGAUCGUGGACUUGACCGGUCAAACUCUCAUCUUGCCGGUCUUUUGUGGAUGGGAACCUUUUAAAAUAUUUUCCAUAUAGUUGCUGCUUAAUGCGUUUUGAAACUGAGUUGUGGAGUAAUGCAACGAUGCUGCAGGUCGUGCUGUACUUUCUGCUUUGCUGUGAUUAGUUAUGUGACCUUCUUUGGGAAAACAUACACGUUAUUUGUUAGAAAACUAAAGGAUAGCUAACAGUUUUUGUCAAUCUAACAUUUUCACAUCUACUAACCCUUGUAAGAGGAUUGUGAAAAUCACCUUCGACCUGCAAGGCAAAAUUCUUCCAAAUUUGGUCAUCAGUAGCUGGAUAUGGUGAAUUAUGCGUGUGCUUUUAGCCAAUCAGAAGUGGGGAAAUAUUUUGAAUGAAUAAUAACAUGCAUUAAUUAGCAUUUUUGCCUGAACUAAAAACUUGGCCAAAAAGGGGAUGCUAUAUACAUAAGCGGUUGACUGAAUUUUCGCUAUAACAAGAACUUAAAAAUACGGAAAAGACCAGCUGGUGAUUUUCAAAAAUGGUUGCAGUAAAUGCUUCAAAGCUGUCACAGUUCAAAUUGGAGUUUAUAGUGCUGAGUGCUGAUUGUAACUAGAGCUGGUUACUAACAGGGAGAGGGGUGAAUAGCCAAAUGAAUUGGCAGAUUUUGCAAAUGUUUUGUCCAGAUUUUGGAUUCAAAGUGAGAUUUAAACAGAUUUUUCGGAUCCUGCAAUUUCAGCAGAUUGCGGAUUCAUCCAUUUAUUGGGCCCGGAAUUUGGACUUUGUGUGUAAUAAAGCUAUUUUUGCAAGGAUUCAAUGUGAAACUUUAAUGGCAGAUUUGGUUAAUAAAUCAUGACAGAUCGGUGGAUUUGCAUACCCCUAUUCACCCGCCUCUAUAAGAGUAGUUGUGAGGAGAGCUUUAGUCUAAGGAAAACAGCGGACGACAUGUUGCGACACCACCAAUGGUUUCCUUGCAAGGAAAUGUAAGAUGUCUGAAUCCCGUGGGAGGGGUAUUCCCCAUAAUGGCUCAUACUGGUUGAUCGGAGGCUCCACCAGAAGGGGGCACUUUUUUCAGUUUUCUGUCAAAAGUGGUUUACAAAAGGGUAAGGAGUUGGACCUCGGGGCAGAACCUCCCAUAUAAAAAUUUCUGGCAAAUCUGCAAAUUCAAUAUUAGCUGCCCCUCUGAUAAGAAACUUUACACCCAUAGAGUCAAGAUUGGCUCACUCCCUUUAGUUGCAAAUCCCAGAGGAGUUUGAUCCCUGUUUCUGCAUAUCAGGCUUGGUUAUAAGCCUGGUUCUUGUAUGCUACAGACCUACACCACACACUUAGGAUAUAAGCGUGAAAGGAAGGCCUAAGGGCCACUGGAUUUCCCGCAAACGUGAGAAGAAGUAAAUAGGGUGUCAAAAACAAGAACGAUAAAUGUGAUUUUAAGGUUAAAAGUUAACCCAGAAAGAUAUUCCUGGAGCAGUUGUAGUAUGAACGUGCUUUGGAAAGUGGACAGUGGAGAAACUAACCUCUGGCAACGAUCCUUUGGAAAUACAUGAAACGUCAAGUCUUUCCUAUUAUCAGAGUGAUUAUUACAAAUCACAGCAGCACAGCGUUGUGAGAACUAUUUUUGUCAAAGUUGUAGGAUGUGCUUCUGCCACUUUUAACUGCGAUGUGGUCCUUAGGCCUUGUUUCAUACUUGUCUCGUAAGUGUGUAUACCUGCGACACAGCUACAAGUUGACAAUGCUUCCAGUACUGUUCUGGCAAGUGCUAAUAUACACUUGUACGCCCCAGCAACUAGAGGUACCAGAAUGCCUAUGAGGUUGAACUUGAGUGCCUUAAAUUUUUCAGGCCAGCUGUGAUGCAGGUUAGCAGGGUAUUCAUUAGGCAUUGGAGAUCGGAGAAUUCUCCCUUUACUACGCUGAAUUGUCCGGCUAACAUUCGGUAGCCUAUGACUAUUUUUAUUCAGACGUGGAGCCUCUUUCAAAAUAUUCUCCUGUGUUGUUACAUCUUUGUCCUGUUACUAGAAAUCUUAAAAUAUUAUGAAAACCCUGGGUUGGGGCUGAAAUAUUAGCUAUGCUUCAAUUUUGGAAGUUCAUAGUAUUAUUAAUUAUUUAAUGUAAUAAUAUUUAUUGGUAGAGUACAUGCUGACAGUUAAUGGUGUCACCCCUCUCCCCAUGUAACUUCCUUUUAUUUUUUUCUUUUCAUAGAUUAAUGUCUGGGAUACAGCUGGCAUGGAGCGGACCAGAUCUCUUACAUCAAAUUACUACAGAAACUCUCAUGCUGUUAUCUUUGUGUAUGCUGUUGACGAUAUGUACUCACUGACUGUGUUGCGGAACUGGAUAGAAGAUGUAAAUAAGGAUGCAACCAAAGCCCUAAAAUUCCUUGUUGGUAACAAAAUAGAUCUUGUUGAUGAAGGUGCGAUGGUUGAUGAUGACUUAGCAGAGAACUUUCGCAAUAACAAUGGCUUACAUUCACUCUACCAAAUUUCAGCCAAGACAGGGGAAGGAGUUUUUGAAAUGUUUGAAAACAUUGCCAAGCUACUGGUUCGCAAUACAAAGGCAACGAUUCAGGAUAGAAGUGCUUUUGCUGUCAUUCAAGCUGAAAGUGAAAAAGCCGCUAAAGCGAAACAAAGCAGUGGUUGUUGUAGUUGA